GUGAUAGCUCAUCCGGUGCUUCCAUUGCUCCUCACAACUAGCCACUACAACUAUCGGACGCUGGACGCUGAAGAAACAGGCAAAGCGGAACUGAUACUGUGGAAGAUCAAGCCGGUUGGCCCACUCUGCAAAUGUGGUGGCAUCCGAGAAUUGGCACGGAUAACAAGCAAUUCUUCGGAUUCAUUCACAGCUGUCACUUGGUUGCCAGCAAUUUUGCCGAGUACAUCACUGGGAUUGUUAUUCACGUCGCCGAGCUCCUGCUUUGUGGCCAACUGCUCCGGUCACCUGAACAUCUAUCAGGCUGUAGUUGAUGCCGCUGAUUUUCUUGCUGAAAUGCACAACUCAAGAACGCCGAAUGCCGUGCCGUCGACCGAGAGCAGGAGUAGUAGCAGUUCAACCGCAGAAGAAAAGAUUUAUUUGGGAUCUUGUAGCAGACCGUGCUUGAAAGGAUCGUACAAAGUAGUUUCGGCGCAGUCAUCCUCGAAGCCGGGCUGUAUUCUUUUGCUGUCGAGGAUCGUCGAUGCGGCUUUGGGCACGAACAGUGUGUUGCUUCUUCACGUCUUCAGUGAGCGUCUGCUAGUAUCUGCUGAGGAAAGCCAGGAUAUUGCAUCGAGCGGCAUCGCUGUAUCAGACCGCACUGGUUAUUAUCUGGUACUGUUUGAAAAAAACAAGGAGCACUUCACAAGACUACGAAUGUGGCUGAUCAGCCUUGCUGCAGUGGAUUAUGAAGGCUUUGGUAUAAUUUGUCUUGAUUUUUGCAAAAUCCUUCCCACAGCUGCAGUAGUGGUGGAUUUUCCACCAAUAAGCAGUGCCCACUUUUCCUUGUACUCUACAUUUCCAUCCCUGUUCUCCUGCACCUCAUUCUUUCCAAUAUAUGGACGUGGUAUUUUCCAAAAUAAUGUGGCUUAA